AUGCCAGAAUCACUACAAAUCGCGCUCAAGAACGACUCCGAUUCGGAGAACAUUCACGCCUACGUGACUGGCGUUGCCAUUAAACAUGGUGGCAAGAGAUGUCUUCUCAAAGCCAAUGGCCAGGACCUUUACUUCCCCACCGAAGUGAAAGACAUUGGGUCCUCUCUCCAAGAGGACUGCGCAAUUCCAUUAGGCGCUCCAGGCAACACGACGAACAUCACCAUCCCACAGAUUGCUGGCGGGCGUAUCUGGAUAGUUGACGGCAAGCUCACCUUCCUGUUGAACCCUGGCGGACCGGCGUUGGUCGAACCUUCAGUGCUGAAUCCUAGUGAUCCUAACCAUGGCGUGAACUUUGGCUUUGCAGAAUUCACGCUCAACGACGCACAACUAUAUGCCAACAUCUCUUAUGUAGAUUUCGUGCCAAAGAUUCCGAUUGCCAUCAGCUUGCAGCAGCAGAGCGGAGAGGAGCAGCAUGUCGCUGGCAUGCGCCCUGAUGGAUUAGACCGCAUGGCCGACUCCCUACGAGAACAAGCCAAGAAAGACGGACGGCCAUGGGACAAGCUUGUAGUCAACGAGAACGGCCAGAACCUCCGGAUCUUGAACGCAACGCACGGCGAUGCAGUCGGAGCGAGCUUUGACGGCUACUUCGAGCCCCUCGUCGACGAAGUAUGGGACAAGUACUCCAACUGCAAAUGCAAAGUCGACACGCAAGCCGGCCCCGGUGUAUUAGAAGGCCACAUCACCUCCUCAGGCAAGCUGCGGAUUGGCGACGAGGUAUUCGACAAGCCCAACACAGCCGACAUCCUAGGCUGCAACUCCGGGCCCUUCACCACCGGCCAAUCCCCAGCGCGCAACGCCAUCAUUCCCCGCCUCGCAGCCGCAUUCGUACGGAGCAGCAUCACCGAAACAGAAGAACACCCCAGCCAGCCAUCGACCUUCUACACACGCGAUCCUACGAACCACUACGCGCGGCUCGUGCACGAGCACAACGUCGACAACAAGGGCUACGCCUUCGCCUACGACGACGUCCAGCCCAACUCGGGCGCCGAUCAAUCCGGAAAAGUGAAUGCUGGAGACCCGAAACUGUUCAUCGUCAGCGUUGGAGGGAAAUCCGCUGCUGCUGGUGCACCACAGCAGGAACAGCCGCCACCGUCGCAGCCGUCAAAGCCAGCGUCCCAGACUGAGAACCAGCCGCCGCCAGCGCCUGCCGAUGCACCACCCGCGGAGAAAGAGAAAGGGUUCGGGGGGAAGCUGUUUGGACAAGCCAAGGAUAAAGCGAAGGGGUUUCUGCACCGCUGA